AUGCCUGUUAGCCAAAACCCUAAAGAGUGUGGUUGGUUUUAUCACGCCCCAGCUAAAAAGGAGCCUGGAAGGCCACGUGUUGAUUAUGUUGCUCCUUCAAAUUUGCCAGGAAUGGGGUUUGAUGAUCCAAGUUUGCAACAAAAGGAUACUGUAAAAGAAAUGCUGUUUAAGGAGACAGAUUCAGAGUAUAUUCGGCUGGCAAAGAUGGGAGGAAGAAAAGAUUUGCUGUCGUUUAACCCAGAUCGUUACCGAAAAAAAUCUCAGGAGCCAAUUGGAUAUCCUCGCAAUGAAUGGUUUUAUCUAGAAGACAACAGGAGAGAAGAUGAAGAGAAGAAACCAGCUGACAACCAGGAGUGGCGUUUCUUACUUCCUGAUUACAUGGUUCACAAAGGCUACCAGCCAUCCUUUGAGAGACCAGAUGCAGCACCUGUACGAAGUGCAGGACCUGUAAGAAGUGCUGCACCUUACUACACAGAAGCAACAUCUGUUAUGAAAGAAGAAGGCAGAUUUGCCACUGAUAAGACAGUAAAAAUUGCAGAACAUCGUCGACCUGGAUAUGGUGUUCGCAGUGAAAAAUAUACCCCUGCUACACAGCAAAGUCCACUCAGAGAAAAAUUUGGGAAAGCACAAGACUUUGAAUCUGUUCAUGGGGAGAAGAAGAGAAAACCAAACUCAUCUAAUCAUGUAUACAGUAGUGACAGUUGUUGUUAUUUCAGGCCAACAGAGAAAGAGGAGCCCACCAACAUGAGUAAGCUGCUGGCUGGUGAAUAUGAGAAACAAUGGUACACGAAACGUGCUGAAAUGUUGCAGCAAAACCAGCCUGGCGUAUCACAUGGAAGACCAGAAACAGAACCAGCAGAUGCAAACCCCAGGACUACUUAUUACCAUCAAAAAUAUGAUGGAGGUUUACCUCCAAAGCGAACAGAUGAUGAGGAGGAGAAAGAAUUGUUUAAACUGAGCAGGUUCAAGAAUAUUCCUUCUAAGCUGGAUUCACAACAAAGGGCAGAAAUUAUGGCUACUUUGAAGUGA